AUGAGAGAGGCAGAUUUCAGUCUAUAAAAGGAAGUGGGAACUGUCCCUGGCUUUCACAGGCUCCAACAUCCCGCCCCCACCCCCGUGUCACGAUGUGGCACCUCAAACUCGUUGCACUGCUUGUGAUCUGUCUGUUGCUGUUGGGCCAGGUAGAUGGCUCUCCAAUACCAGAGCUGAGUUCAGCAAAGAGAAGGCUGCGGAGAAUGACCCCCUUUUGGAGAGGGGUUUCCCUCAGGCCCAUUGGAGCCUCUUGCCGGGACGAUUCUGAGUGUAUCACCAGGCUAUGCAGAAAAAGACGCUGUUCCCUAAGUGUGGCCCAGGAGUGAUGGACAUACGAGGGAAAGAGGACAGCACUCUCCUACAAUGCUCCGUUCUAUGGAAUAUUGAGUAACUGCAUUUUGGCUGGAGACACUUAAGUGAAGCAAUCUUGUGUUUUUAAAAUUUAAAGACAGAUGUAUGCUUUAAUUUGGUCUCCGUUUCUUUUUAGAAUGCUGAUAUUUAGAUGAGCAUAAACUUGUCAAUUUAGAGUUUAUUUUUCUACGUAUACUAUUAAAUGUC